CAGCGCCGCCGCCGUCGGGCGCGCGUCUCUGCAGAGCCGGGGUCGCCUCGGUCCCCGUAGCCCCGGGAUCCCCGCGUCCCCGCGCGGCGCGGUCCCCGUCGCCGACCUCCGUGACGAGCGUCGCGAGUGUUGGCGGGACCGGUAGACGCCGAUGAGACCGCCAUGGCCGUGCCAGGGGCCCGGUGCUGAGGACGCCCCUGCCCGGCCGCCCUUCCUCCCGACGCCACGGCCGGCGCCAGGACCUACAUGCCACAGGGCUCUCGGGGCACCCGGGGCCGGGAGCCGCUGCCGUCUGGGCAGGCCGUGACGCCAUGGGCAACGCCGAGAGCCAGAGCGUGGAGCACGCCUUCUACGGGGAGAAGCGCGCCAGCCUGGGCCGCAAGCACACGUCGCGCUCGCUGCGCCUGUCGCACAAGGCCCGGCGCUCCCGCCACAGCCACGCGGCCACGGGGAAGGCGCCGCCCCGGCGCGCGGAGGCCAGCGCGCGGUCCAGCAGCACGCCCAGCCUGCCGCAGGCGCUGGCCGAGAACGGCCUGGAGCCCUUCGCCGCCCAGGGCGCCCUCGAGGGCUUCGGGGACCCCCUGUGGGCGGACCGCGUGGAGAUGGGCCUGAGGCCCGUGUCCUACACCGGCUCCUCCGUGGCCCCCAGCGUGGACAGCAGCGUGGCGCUCGCCACCACCUCGGUGCAGAGCAUGCUGGGCUCGGAGGGGGGCGCGCCCCGCCCAGCGGAGGGCGGCCGGCGCCCAAGGCCCUGCGCCUGCCCCGCGCCCGGCUCCGCGGAGGCGGCCGGCUUCCAGAAGAAGCGCUCCAAGUCCGCGGACCUCUGGCGGGAGGACAGCCUCGAGCUCUCGCUGUCCGACCUGAGCCAGGAGCCGCUGAGCAGCCGCGAGGACAUCCUGGGCGCCGCGGGGGAGCGGGACGGCGAGGAGGCGCGGGCGGGGCCCCGGCCGCUGGGCGCCUGCCCGCGCGCCACCUCCCUGGGCGACCUGGGCACCCCGAGCGGCGGGCGCUGCGCGGGCCACUGCCGGGACCUGGCGCCGGACACGCCCCGCCGCCCGCACCGCGCGGAGGAGGCGGCCUACAGCGCCUACAACACGCUGCCCUGCCGGCGCUCCCACUGCCUGUCCGAGGGCGCCACCGGCCCGCCGCUCAGCCUGGGCAGCCUGCAGGGCCGCAGGGCCCGGACCGCGCAGGAUGUCAACGCGGGCGAGGGCAGUGAGUUCGCCGACAGCGGCAUCGAGGGGGCGGCCACCGACCCGGACCUGCUGUCCCGGCGCUCCAACGCCACGCACUCCAGCUACUCGCCGCCGCCCGGCCGCGCCUUCGCGGGCAGCGACAGCGGCAGCAGCAGCGCGGGGGACGCGGCGCGCCAGGGCGUCUACGAGAACUUCCGGCGGGAGCUGGAGCUGGGCGCCAGCCGCGAGAGCCCCGAGGAGGCCGGCUCCGCGCACAGCGACGAGCGCUCCAGCGGCCGCUCGGACGGCGCGCUGCAGGCGGCCGCGCGGGGCACCGUGCGCAAGGCGGGCGCGCUGGCCGUCAAGAACCUGCUGGUGCACAAGAAGAGCCGCAAGGUGGAGCCGGCCGCCCGCCGGCGCUGGAAGCACUACUGGGCGGCCCUCAGAGGGUGCACGCUCCUCUUCUACGACAGCGACGGCCGCUCGGGCAUCGAGCCGGGCAGCGUGCCCAAGCACGCCGUGUGGGUGGAGAACGGCGUGGUGCAGGCCGUGCCCGAGCACCCCAAGAAGGACUUCGUCUUCUGCCUCAGCAACUGCCUGGGCGACGCCUUCCUCUUCCAGACCACCAGCCAGACUGAGCUGGAGAACUGGGUCACCGCCAUCCACUCGGCCUGCUCGGCCGCGGUCGCCAGGCACCACCACAAGGAGGACACGCUCCGCCUCCUCAAGUCGGAAAUCAAGAAGCUGGAGCAGAAGAUCGACAUGGACGAGAAGAUGAAGAAAAUGGGCGAGAUGCAGCUGUCCUCCGUCACCGACUCCAAGAAGAAGAAGACAAUCCUAGAUCAGAUCUUCGUGUGGGAGCAGAACCUGGAGCAGUUCCAGAUGGACCUGUUCCGCUACCGCUGCUACCUGGCCAGCCUGCAGGGCGGCGAGCUGCCCAACCCCAAGCGCCUGCUCGCCUUCGCCAGCCGCCCCACCAAGGUGGCCAUGGGGCGGCUGGGCAUCUUCUCCGUGUCGUCCUUCCACGCCCUGGUGGCGGCCCGCACCGCGGAGACGGGCGUGAGGCGGCGCACGCAGGCCAUGGCGCACUCCACCAGCAAGCGCCGCAGCCGCUUCUCCUCGCUCUGGGGCCUGGACUCCACCUCCAAGAAGAAGCAGGGCCACCCCAGCAUCAACCAGGUGUUCAGCGAGGGGCCCGACGCCGCCAAGCAGGCUCUGGAGGAGGCGUUCGACGACGCCGUCCCCGAUGGCAAGGUGGAGAAGGAGAUGGCCCUGCCCAGCCCCCACCAGCAGAACCCCGACUGCGACAUGUGGGCCCACCAGCACUUCCCGCCGUCCUGGUUCUGCCUGCCCGGCAGCCGGUCCGUGCUGACCGUCGUGCGGCCCGGAGACUGCGCCCGGGACACGCUGGAGGCCGUCUGCAAGACGCACCAGCUGGACCCGGCCGCGCACUGCCUGCGGCUGCGGUUCCUCGUGGAGGACCGGCUGCAGGUGUACGAGCCGCAGCCCGAGGAGGAGCUGUACGAGCUGCUGUUCCAGGAGGUGGAGAUCUGCCCCAAGGCCGUGCGCAGCCUGCAGCUGGAGAAGUCGGACGCGGCCGGGGACAGCUACGGCUUCUCCCUCUCCUCCGUGGAGGAGGACGGUGUCCGGAGACUCUACGUGAGCAGCGUGAGGGACACCGGGCUGGCGGCCAAGCAAGGCCUGACGGUGGGGGAUGAGGUUCUCGAGAUCAGCAGCCGCGUGGCCGCCAGCCUGAGCUCGGCGGCCCUCAGGGACUUCCUCUCGCAGCCCAGCCUGGGCCUCCUGGUGCGGACGCGCCCCGAGCUGGAGGGGGGCGCCCUGCUGCUGGGGAGCCCGCCCCACCGUGCCGACAGCCCCGCCGAGCCCGGCCACAGCCUCUUCGCCUUCCUCGCCGGCAGCCCAGGGCCCAGCCUGGGCGGGUCGCAGGGCAGCAGCACGGAGCCCUCCCCUGAGGAGGCCGAGGGGCUGGACCCCGAGUCCUCGGACGACACGGACCAGAGCAGCAAGAGCACGGAACAGGGCGCGGUGUCCUGCCGCAGUCCGCGAGGCGACAUGGACCCCGGCGGGCCGCAGCCAGCCGCGCGGCAGCUCACGGACGCCGACAAGCUGCGGAAGGUCAUCUGCGAGCUGCUGGAGACGGAGCGCACCUACGUGAAGGAUCUCAACUGCCUCAUGGAGCGAUACCUGCGGCCCCUGCAGAAGGAGACCUUUCUCACCCAGGAUGAGCUUGACGUGCUCUUUGGGAAUCUGACCGAGAUGGUGGAGUUUCAAGUGGAAUUCCUGAAAACUCUGGAAGAUGGAGUGAGGCUCGUCCCAGAUUUGGAAAAGCUCGAGAGGGUCGAUCAGUUCAAGAAGGUGCUCUUCUCCCUCGGGGGCUCCUUCCUGUACUACGCCGACCGCUUCAAGCUGUACAGCGCCUUCUGCGCCAGCCACACCAAGGUGCCCAAGGUGCUGGUGAAAGCCAGGACGGACGCGGCCUUCAAGGCCUUCCUGGACGCGCAGAACCCGCGGCAGCAGCACUCGGCCACGCUGGAGUCGUACCUCAUCAAGCCCAUCCAGAGGGUCCUCAAGUACCCGCUGCUGCUGCGCGAGCUCUUCGCGCUGACGCACGUGGACAGCGAGGAGCACUACCACCUGGACGUGGCCAUCAAGACCAUGAACAAGGUGGCCAGCCACAUCAACGAGAUGCAGAAGAUCCACGAGGAGUUCGGGGCCGUGUUCGACCAGCUGAUCGCGGAGCAGACGGGCGAGAAGAAGGAGGUGGCCGACCUGAGCAUGGGGGACCUGCUGCUGCACACCACCGUCACCUGGCCCAACCCGCCCGCCUCGCUGGGCAAGUGGAAGAAGGAGCCGGAGCUGGCCGCCUUCGUCUUCAAGACGGCCGUGGUCCUCGUGUACAAGGACGGCUCCAAGCAGAAGAGGAGGCUCGUCGGCUCCCACAGGCUCUCCAUCUAUGAGGAGUGGGACCCCUUCCGGUUCCGGCACAUGAUCCCCACGGAGGCGCUGCAGCUGCGGGCCGUGGCCAGUGCAGAUGCGGACGCCGACACCGCGUGCGAGAUCGUCCACGUCAAGUCGGAGUCAGAGGGGAGGCCGGAGCGCGUGUUCCACCUGUGCUGCGGCUCCCCCAAGAGCCGCAAGGACCUGCUGAAGGCCGUGCACUCGGUCCUGCGGGACAAGCACCGGCGGCAGCUGCUCAAGGCCGAGAGCCUGCCCUCGUCCCAGCAGUACGUCCCCUUCGGAGGCCGGCGGCUGUGCGCGCUCAAGGGGGCCCGGCCCGCCAUGAGCAGGGCAGUGUCCGCGCCCAGCCGGUCGCUGGGCAGGAGGAGGCGGCGCCUGGCCCGCAACAGGUUCACCGUGGACGCGGACGCGGUGCCCGGCAGCCCCGAGCGGCCGCCCGGCGCGGACACGGACCGGUGGGUGGAGGAGCAGUUCGACCUGGCGCCCUACGAGGAGCCGGAGGAGCCGGAGGACCUGCCGGAGACCGACAUCCUCAGCGAUGACGACGGUGAGGCCGCCGAGGCCCCGGGCGCCGGGGCGGGCCUGGCGGGGCGGCUGCAGGCGGCCUCCCUGGGCCCGCGGGGCCGGCUCCGGGGCCGGGACCCGGACCGGGACCGCGGCCGCCCGGACGGCCACGCGGCGCGCAUGGCGCAGCUCAGGAAGCAGGCGGCGCUGCCGGGCGGCCCCGAGCCCGCGGGCCCCGAGGUGGUCUGGGUGCGGCGGGAGGAGCUGGCCUCGCCGGGGGCGCUGAGCACGGAGAUCUGACGGGCCCCACCCGCCCUCCCGCCCCGGGCGGGCUGCCCCGGACGGGUGCCCCGGGGCGGCUCUGGCACACACAGCGCUGGCGGCUGACUGUGCGCGGAGCUGCACGCCCGGUCACCCGGUCACCCCGACACCGGACCGCAUUGCUCCUCCCUCCCAACCACGGACUCCAAUCGGGCGGGAGAGAGAAGUGGGAGCUUCUGGCCGGAAACCAGGAAACCAGACCGGGCUGCAUGCCCCUCGCUGUCCUAUGAGCCAUUGUCCCUCCUGGGGGCCAGGUCGGAAGGUCUAGUUUUGCAGAGAAUUCCUUAUAAAGAUGCCAAACUCUGAGAGAGCCACAAGUCACUUGAAGAAAUAGAUGCUAUUUUUUGUAUUUUGCCUGCGAGGCAGGAGCGGAAUGCGAGUGGCAGUGGGUGCCUCUUGCAGAGAGCGGAGGGCUCUGUGCUUCCAUGUGCGAGGCCUGCAGAUGCCGGCCCCGAGGGCUGGUGUGUGUGUUUGCUGGGCCCCGUGGAGGGAGGAGGGGUUGCCAUGGAGACCGAGGGCUGUCCAGAGUUACAUCUUCAUUCCCAGAGUGCCCGCCCUUCCCCACAACCCACAGCCUCACCUCUUCCCAGAACACGUUGGUGUGACGCGUUCUUCAUGCCAACAAAACAGGGUAAACACGCCAAGCACCAACCCCUGUCUAUACCGGUUUCCAAGUAGGGACAAGACAAGUUAAAGCACUUUCGAUUUAUUAUUUUUUUUAAAGAAAAGGUUUAUAGCUUUCCCCCCGCCCCCCUUUCACAAUGCCCACUUCCUAAGAGGGGUUUAAAUAAUAUAAAAACUUUCUUUUUUUGGGGGGGAUAUCUAUUUGGUGUUUGACACAUCAGUAGGUACUGUAAAGGCCUGCCUUUUAUAGCUGCUCCCGGCUCCCUUUUAUACAGAUCCCGUGACUUUAUAUUUGCAGACUAGAGAGCUCUGCUCGCUCGCUCGCGCCCGCUUGCUUCUGCUCCCCGCCGGCCGCCGGGCUGCCCCGGGCUUCCCGCUUGGUCUCUGGAACCUUCUGACCCUCUUGGCUUCUUGCUCUGUCUUCUGAUUUCCUGAAAACGCUGUGGCUAUGCCCCUCAAGUCUCCGCACUGUCCACGCCGUCCCCGUGGGUGUGUGGGACAAAGGGGAGCCAGCUGCUGUGGCCACUUCGGGCCCCGGCAGCGGGCCCGCGGAGAGCAGAGGGGAGGGGGUACGUGCAGGGCGCCGUGUCGCGUGUACAUAAGUCAUGACGUGUCCAUGUCCAAAGUUCUUAUAUAUUUCUUUUAUAAGCGGAAAGAAGGUCUAUUUUUGUGUUUUUAGGUCUAUGAAUGGAAUGAUGUAAAUGCCUGUCAGUCCAACAAUAAAAUGGUUGAAAAG